AUGUCUUCGUGCCUGCUCCAGCUCCACUCUGAGGUGGAGCUGUGUCGACUCAACAGCCAGGAGAAGUUGGGGCUGACGUUGUGCUACCGUACGGACGAAGAAGAGGAUGUGGCUAUUUAUGUCAGCGAGAUCUGUCCGAACAGCAUUGCAGCCAGAGACGGGCGCAUCCGGGAGGGGGACCGCAUCCUACAGAUUAAUGGCCAAGACGUCCAGGACAGAGGGGUGGCGAUGGCCGCUCUCUCCAACGAAGAAUGUCGGAGAAUCGUGCUGCUCGUUGCCCGACCAGAGUUGCAACUGGAGGAGGCCUGGCUGGACGACGAGCACAGCGAGUUCCUGGAGCAGCUGAAGAUGGAGAUGCUGGAGGAGCAGCAGAGGGAGGAGAUGGAGAUGGCGGCCUUAGAGGAGGACCAGAGAGAUGAAGAUGAGAGGCCGUCUUGCUCGUCCUUGUCUCACCACACGCAGAAUGUGCCAAACAGGAAAGAGCGGCGGGGCAGUGCAGAAAACGUCCUGGCUCAGAUCCAGCGGCGUCUGUCCCAGUGCCUGCGGGACAGGGAGCCUCACCGUCACCCCGGCUCCACGCGGCUGGACGACAGGGACGAGGACGAGGACGGAGACCACUUCCAGCAGCUACUAGAGCUCAAGUGCCAGAUCCGGAACAGCGGAGAGUACGACCUCUUCUACAGCCGCCGCAGCACCAUCGAGUGCAGCGUGGCAGAGCAGGGCAGUGUGCAGAACGAACUCAGAAUGCUCAACGAGGAACUGCGCAGUAUUGAGCUGGAGUGUCAGAACAUCAUGCAGGCUCAUAAGCUCCGCAAAGGCCAGGAGUCCCCUUCCAGUGGACACACACACCUGUCCAGUAAAAACCAAAGCCCAAAGGGAGGGAGUCAAACCAGGGGAAAGCUGACGGACAUAAAUGAGCGGCUUGAGAAAUAUGACAAAGACAGCUCCAGUGCCUACAACACCGCCGAGAGCUCCCGCAGCACUCCUCUGCAGAUGGACCGCUCCCCUGAACACUCUCUCCAGAGAAUCAGCCUCACCAACCAGAGAAACCUCUGCAGCGGCCUCGCUAUGGGCCAGUCCAGCCCUGUGCCAGGCCUCAGAGCUCCGCUCCUGGGGAAGGGCAGCAGUCCUGACCACAGUAACCCCUCUGAGUCCGACCACGGCCCUCAGCCUGAAGAGGAUCAGCAAAGUUCAAUGGCCUCAGUUUCCCAGAUUCCUUAUUUCUCUCCAUCCCACAGUUCUCAUCAGCGACAGGCCGUGAUCCCUGCCCACGCACGGCACUACCAGAGCUACAUGCAGCUGAUCCAACAGCGUUCGGCCGUGGAGUACGCACAGAGCCAUCUCAGCCUGCUCAGUCUCUGCAAAGAGCCCCAGAGACCUGAGCCCAAGAUGGAGUGGAAGGUGAAGAUCCGCAGCGAUGGCACUCGCUACAUCACCAAGAGACCAGUCAGAGACAAGAUCCUGAGAGAACGUGCUCUUAAGAUCAAAGAGGAGCGCAGCGGUGGAAUGACCACAGACGACGACGCCAUGAGUGAGAUGAAAAUGGGUCGAUACUGGAGCAAAGAGGAGAGAAAACAGCACCUGGUCCGAGCCAAGGAGCAGAAGAAGAGGAGAGAGUUCAUGCAGCGCAGCCGUCUGGAGAGUCUGAAGGAAAACCCUCAGAGCAGCAGCGAAGUGCGGAAAGAGGUGAGCAUCAUCGAGCUUAGCCAGAAGAAAAUGAUGAAGAAACGAAACAAGAAGAUCCUGGACAACUGGAUGACCAUCCAAGAGCUGAUGACUCACGGCACCAAGGCCCCUGAGAGCGCUAAGGUAAACAAUGCCUUCCUCUCCGUGACUACUGUAUGA